AUGACGGACCGCAAGCGCAGCUCCAAAAAGCGCGUGGUCAAAAACAUGCCAAUCAACAAGGCGCACGUCACCCGCCGACAGCUUUACCAUCGCGGCGAGCCACAUUCGGCAGUGAAAUCGAAGUAUUUGCAGACGAGGACACCUCGCCGUAGGGAUAUCGCUCCUCUUCCUCGUUCGCGCUUGGCGCAGAAACCACUGGGCCUACGUUUCACGAAAAGCAAAUCGAGCUGGAGAACACUAUUGCAUGCAUAUAUGCUCGAGAUGUCCUAUCUGAGGGAUGCGGAGAUGUGGAAUUCGUUCGAUCCAAUACCAUGCGCACAGUAUGACGAGAUGGACUGCGAAUACGACACGAUGGAGGACGCACCAGAAGCAUCUUCAGACCACGUCGCCGUUGUACCCAGCACUACUACCACCUCCGUACCAGUGCUAGCACUUCCUCAGCCCCCCAAGCACGCGAACACGGUUGUACUCCAAGCACCCCAAUUUACAGGCCUAGGUUAUCUUCCAUCAAAGCGUUUGGCAUCCGAGACUGUCACACUACCAAAGCCAGCAGAGAUGUCGAAGGAUGAAGUCAACGCCAAGUCGCCCUCUAUCUCCCCACCGAACCCUGCACCAGGUGUUGUACUACCACCAAAUCCUGCCUCACAGCGCGAGGAAGUUGAGAAAACAUCUGCAAAAGUGCAGCUUUUGGCACCAGAGGAGAUCGCCAGGCCGGCUAUGUCUAUUCCCCCAGUGGAGGACACGAAAUCCUCAGUAACUCCAUCUUCGAUGGUUGACACCGAGCCAGCUGUGUCAUUCAAUCCUUUGGAGAGUAUCAAGGCAGCUGUUCCUCUUCCUUCGAUGGAGAAUGGUAAGCCGGCUGGAUCACCGCCUCCGAUGGCUGAUGCCAGUGCACCGUCAAAAACAUCAAGACAUAAUAGCAGACCGAGGGGCCGAGCCUUAGUUACCUUAGUCAAGCCAGAAGAGGCAUCCAAGCAAGAAGUAGAACUAGGAAUGGGUUCGUUUGCAUCCUUGAACACCCAGUCUCCAGAAGCACAAAUCUCGGCCUUCUCUAACACUCACUUCAAGCAGCUGUUCAGUGGGGAAAUGGAGACACUACAGGCCAGCUUCUCAAAACAGGAAGACAUCCAAGGAUCACAGGUCAUCUUCCUCUUACGUUCGCUGGAGUGGGUCAUAGAUAGUCAUGAGGCUGGAUGGUUCGAAGACGAUAUCGAAUUGGAAGACGAUGUUGCAGACUGGCGUGGGAAACUCAACAUUUUGAUGGCGAAAUUGGAGACGCAUGCGGGCCUGGAUGCGAACAGCAUAGUAUCAAACACACGGAUUCAGCUUGAGAAAGUGUUUUUGAUUCUUGGCGGUGCGGAAAACAUUGAUUAA